AUGGCCUAUCCUAUGCAGUCCGACUACCCACCCCCAGCCCCCUACCCGUCCAGCUCUGGCUAUCCAGAACAACAACCUUCUGGUCCAUAUCCCACAGAUGCUGCUAAACAACAACCUUCUGCUCCAUAUCCCACAGAUGCUGCUAAAAAUCCAGAGGCCCAGGGAUACCCACCUGCCCCUUACACACAGCAGCCUGGUUAUCCUGCAGCCCAGUACCCACCUCAACACGACCCUUCAGCUCCACCCCCUCCCUACUAUGCAGCACAGCAACAACACACGGCGUACCCUCAACAACAACCACAACAGCCCUACGGUCAGCAAGCCUCUAGUAACGUGACGGUGGUACAACAUCAACCACAGCCAGUGGUCUAUCAGCCUCGUAUUAAUAAUAGUGCUGGACAAGGUGCCAUGAUGUUUGCACUAGUGCUAACAUUUUUUGCUUUGUUCUCUGGAUGUUUCUGGGCUCUUGUGUGCACCAUUCCAGCCUUACUGCUUGCCAACUCUGCCACAAGCUCUGCUCGUCGUGGGCAACUAGAGAGUGCUCAAAGUAACGAGAAAAUCUCCAUUGGCUGUUCUAUUGCUGCCAUUGUGUUUGGAGUGGUUGGAACACUGGCCAUAGUCGGAGGAGUGAUGGCUUGGUACUUCACGUUAUUUUUCAGAUUUUGAUAACGUUAACAAACUUCCCUACUCAUGCCGGAUUGUGUUAUUAACCUAGUAACGUGAUGUAAACGAUACAAACAGCGUUUAGUAUGUUAUGUAUAAUUAUAUCUUUUUUUAUCACAUACUUCAUAAUUACACCAAACUGUGAUGUAUAAUUAUGUUAAUCUA